UCUUCUUCGUUUAUAUUAAUUAGGAAAAGGUGUUUAAGACAACGAAAAAAUAUCAAUUUUCUUAAACUCUCUUUAGUUUUAUUUCAAAAAAAAUAAAAAACCGAAAAUAUGCUACCCCUAACUUAUGGUGCAAUUUAUAAAACACCCGACGACUACAAUCCGCCACAGGAAACUGACUUAGCCGACAAUACUCACUAUCCCAAUUUGAAUUCACGCGACUACGCAAAGCGCCCUUUAAACCAGAAUGUGCGUAUGUAUGGCGCCUGGGAAUGCAUUGCCAUCAGCACAAAAUGUGAUGACGAAAAAGGAAAUAUAGCUAUAGCCACCAAUAAAUUAAGUGGUCGUAAUUGGUUAGGCUCCUUGUGGGCUUUCGAGAAGAGCCAGGUGAAAAAUGAUAAAAACUCAAUGGAUAUGUCAACAGCAUGCUAUAAGUUAGAAAGUCCAGCCAUUAUAAAUUGUAUCGAAUUUGUAGAACCUAAUACAUUACUUUUAGGAUUCAACUCUGGGAGACUGCAACUUUGGUCUAUUCAAUCUGAUGUGUGUUUACCGAAAAAUCCCUAUUGUCCCUUUCUGACUGGUGAUGAAUGUGAGCAUAUGAAACCUAUCACAUGUUUAACGGGCUUUAAAACGAAUGUCCAUAAGGCGGCGACGGGUAGUAAAGAUGGUGUUUUAAAGAUUUGGGACAUGAGCAAAGGUGAUUUAAAUCCACAACAAAGUUAUAGUUAUGCUCAUAUGGAUUCUAUAACUGGAUUAACUUCAUCUCCCACGAAUGAUGCUAUAUUUACUACUUGUUCAUUAGACAAAUCCUGUCUGCUAUGGGAUGAUCGUGAAACUAGACCGGCAAUUGCCUUAUACAAUGAACAUAAUGUGCGUUUUAAAACGGUUAAUUGGGCAUUAGAUCCUCAGGACAAUUGUGUGUAUUUAGGUGAUGAAUCUGGUAAUGUAUUAACAAUUGAUACACGCAAACCCAAGGAGUUAUUAAAUAAAACACAAUACUUUGAUCGUCCCAUAAGAAAAAUAUCACCAAAUGGAGAAAAUUUAGCUGUUGUGGCCGAUUCAAAUUGCAUUAAAGUGGCAAAAUCCUGCUCAAAUGAAAUAUUCUAUGAAAAUAAUAAAAGUCAGCAUUUUAUACGAGACUGUGCUUGGCUAACGUCGGACGAGUUAGUAACCGUUGGUUAUGAAGGUAAAUUGCGUGGUCAUGAAAUACAAUAAAUUUUACAAAGUUUCUAAGAUAAACAUAAAUGCAAUAUAUCGUUUAAAAAAAAAAAAACACAAUAGUAAUAGUUAAUUCCAAAAGCUUAGAAUUAGUCUAGCAUUUGCGAUAAUCAAAAUACACAUGAAAAUAAUUUUAUAUUAUGAAACUUUACCGUGAGUGGUAUCAAGUAGGUUUGCAAAUUUGUCACACUAUUUAAUUUGACUUUUACUACUACGAAUUAAAUUCAAAUAGAAAAAUACAAUAAUAAUUUCUUUCAUACUGGGUGUUUGUUUGAAUUUACAAUAAAUUCUCAAUGCCAUGAAUUAUUUUAAUUUACUUAAAACAUUUUUAUAAUUUCAUUUUAAUAAAAAAAUAAAUAUUCAUGUAAUAUAUAUUUUUUAAUUUUCAAUAAGUAUUUCAUUUACUAAUAUACCGCUACUUGAAGCAAUUUUUACUAUUUUAAGUAUGUACACUAAUAAAGCUGAUAUUUUUGAAAAAAUAACUGAAA